AGCGGUGGACAAAAUUCCUACUUGUCACUCUACCACCCUCUCGCCAAGGAAGGCAGGCAACCAUCCAUGAUUCACCGGUACGUAGUUUGAUUGUGACAUUUGCAAUUAAUUAAGAAAAGCAUUAGUCACUAAUCGCCAUCAAUCGCAUUAAUUAAUUAACACACAUAGACAUUAUGCGUCGUCUAAUGAUCAUCGAGACAAUCAUCUUCACCUUAAGCAUCGUUAUCGUCGUCAUCAUCGCUCCUUGUACAGAGGCAGCUGGAAAAGGCCUUGGGAACGGCUUAAAUGUAGGUUUCUACAGUCGCAGUUGCCCGAAUGUGGAGAAAAUUGUGGCUGACAUCGUGUCCGAGGCUAACCGGCAAGAUCCAAAGCUCCCCGGUGCCCUCAUUCGCCUCUUUUCCCAUGAUUGCUUUGUCAAGGGCUGCGAUGCCUCAAUUCUGUUGGAGACCACACGCUCAAAGGAGCCUGUAGAGAAAAAAGCACAAGGAAAUGACUUCAUUAGAGGUUUUGAACUCAUUGAUGAGAUCAAGGCCAGGCUAGAACAAGAGUGCCCGCAAACCGUCUCUUGCGCCGACAUACUAGCCUUUGCUGCUCGGGAAGCUGUUUUUCUGGCUGGUCUACCCCGCCACAAAGUCCCCGCUGGACGCCGCGACAGUCGUACUUCCCGUGCUUCCGAUGUUGGCCUCCCUGCUCCUACAACACCUUUCAACGAUAUCAUAGAUUUCUUCACCAGAAAAGGCAUCACCCUCGACGAACUGGUUGUGUUGAGCGGUGCACACUCCAUCGGGGUGGCCCAUUGUAGCUUCUUUGAUUACAGACUCUACAAUUUCAACACAUCUCAGCCCCAAGACCCUGCCCUCAACUCAACCUACGCUGCUGAUCUGUCCACAAAGUGCCCGAAACAAAAUACAUUGCCUGCAGACGAAGCGAAAAAGAGGGCCGUGGACUUCGAUCCAAUAACACCACUUGUUCUGGACAACAACUUCUACCUGAACCUUUUGCAAGGGAAAACCUUGCUCCAGUCGGAUCAGAUAAUGGUUUCUGAUCCUCGCACCAGCGCGUUGGUAAAGACAUUGGCCUCGGAUUCUGAAGCUUGGAGUCGAAGGUUUGCCAAGGCCAUGAUCAAGAUGGGGCGAACAAACGUUCUCACUCGAGAUGAGGGAGAGAUAAGGAAAAAUUGCAGAACCUUUAACUAACAUUAUGACCAAUUGUGUAUAUCCAUAUGGUGUAAAAAGUAAUUGUGUACAUAAUAUCCAUGUAGUGUAUCGAAUCCACUCGGGCACUUUCCCUGCAAGUUUAGUCAUGCACAACGACGUCGUACAUGUCACGACCAAAGAUUUUAUUUUUAAUAUAUGAAACAGGAAUUGAUCAAGAAUGUAAUUUAGAAGGACUCAAUUGACCAGAAAAAGAAACUUUGAAGUUAUUCUUAAUAAAGACGUUACUCUUAUCAUCUA